UUGAAGUUUCUAAGAUAUCCUGUAUAGAUAUUGCUUCACCCAUAUUGAUUAUCGGCAACCCUAUUUUACAGAUGUAGUGAGAUAUAUUUUGGUAAUAUGAAGGAUAUUUUAAUCUAUGGUAGCACACGUAGAUGCAAAUUCCGUCCAUUUUUGGAUUGACGAAAUCACACCUACAAAAUAAAAAUCACCGUUAGCUUAAUUGACGAACACCCGAGAAUAAGGAGAAGGGUGUCUGCCAAAGGGCCUUUGAUGCCUAAGUCAGGGGUAGUUUGACAUAAAUUAGAACAAGAGAAUUUUGAGUAAUAAGUGGCCAUUACCGAUAUUCUGAUUUGACUUGGUUAUUUAUAGGAAAAACUCAUCAAAAGCAACUAGGAGGAGAGGUUGUAGAUCAUGCUUGGCAGAUUGCCAUGUUUUGCGAGUGUGGUGUAUACCAAUUUUCGUAGGUAACUACGAGAAGUCCCUGAUGGGAAGUCUCUAGUAGGAAGUGGCACCGGAGGGUGCGACACCCAAGGGGGGAAUCCGAAGAGUGGACCCAUGCUUCAUCAAGCCAGAAAAGGCACGGUAGCACGAAUGACAUAUCAUGGGCCUUAAGGAUGUACAUGGGCCCGAAUGCCAUUGACCUACAAGGCAGGCGUAUGUUUAGUUUUUUAAGGUUAGGUGUGGUAUGCUCACAAUUCAUGUGUCGUUAUUUUAUUUGAUGGGCUUAAUUUAUGUGUCAUCGUAAUUAUCUAAUUUAGUAUGAUACUCUUUUUUUCCACAAAUCUUAAAGAUCACAUGAUUGUCAUCCAAAAGCCACGUGUACCUCCGAAGUCCAGAUCCAAGAAUGGGAAACCCUACUAAAUAAGCCACGACCCCAAUACUUAAUUCUUGACAAGAAGAAAAAGACCCCAAUACUUAAUUAAUUAAUUAAUCUCCAACGGUCGAAAAUUUGGUAAAACCCCACCGACGCCACCAACGUUCGCUCUCUCUACCGUAACGGUUACUUCUUCUUCUUCCACUGUCCACCUCUUCAGCUCCAAAACCCAACAAAACCCCCUAAUCUCUGUCUCCCUCUCUCUCUUGCAGUGGUUGUUGUACAGCUUGCUUUCUUUCUGGGUUUUUGUCUGUGAGAGUUAUGGAACCGGCAAAAAUAGAUUGGAAACGUUUAGAGUGGAGAUUCACAGAGGACAAAUACUACGAGCAAAUAAACGCCCCCAAGUGGUUCGAUUUCUUGAACCCCAAUGACAACUCCGUCGACGAUCAGGCCUGGUUCUGCCGCCCCGAAUGCAAGCAUCCGAAGACGGCUGAAGAUUUUCUCAAGUCAUCACCUCCCAAGGUUCCGAGGUCAGCUGUUGUUUCUGAAGUUUCUCCACUUGGUGAUAAAAUCCAGAGAGAUGUGAAGUUAAAGAGAAGGGGAUUGAAGCAAUCUUCGAUUUACCCGACUAAUAACUCUAGAUUCAAGGAAGAUGGUGAAAAUCAGAACCCCAAUUUAUCAACCCCUCCAAUGAACCAAGCUAAGGCCAUGAAGGCAACAAUCAAAUCAAGCACAGAGAAGAAGCAACCAAUUGAGAGCACACCGCCAAACAAUGAGGUGCUUCCAAAGCUGAGAAGCACGCUGUCUGCAAGGAAUUUAUUUGCGGGGAGGGAUAUUCUGAAUCAGAUUACAGACUUCUGUUCUGAAUUGAAGAGAAUGGCAAUGAGAGCGAGGGAGAGAGAGGAUGUGGAGAAUUCAGAUGUGAGGAAAAUCCCAGCGGGUUUGAAGGAAGAGGUAGUGAAGAAUGAGGAGUGUAACAGUGAGGUUUUAAGGGAGUUGAAAGGGAGGGAAACAGAAAGAAUGCCACUGCUUGAGGUGGGUAAUGGAAAAACUCAGAGGCAAACUGAGACAACUCCAUUGCUGGAGGUUAAUAACGGGAAAAAUGAGAGGCAAGCGGAGAGAACGCCAUUGCAUGGGGUAAGCAAAACAAACACUGAAGGAAUGAGGGGGAGCAAUACCGAGGAGAAGCCGACGAGGAAGAGAAGAGAUGAUGAGGCAGAGAACGUCCCAAUCCCUCUAAGUUUAGAGAAUGUCAGGCGCAAAGGAGGCGAGAGCUUGUUGCAAAUCCGCACCAACCCUCCCUCUCCUCAAUGCUUUUCUGCCACAAGGCCCUCCAGCAACAUCACACCUUCAAAAGCUUCCAAGUCCAAGCUGAUGGAACGGGGAAUCCUUGGAGAGGUAGAGCAGAAUAAAAGGGUGGUGAGCAAGGAGGAUUCCACAGAGAAAGGUAAACCUGCCUGUAUAGUCGAUGGAAGAGAAGCAAGAGCGUUGGACGUUUUCUGGUUUUUAAAACCUGCACAACACUUUCCAGCUAAAACAUUGAGCAACAAAUUACAUCCAUUCUUUCAUUCUUUCGAUUCUUUUUCUAAGUUCUUUGUUACCGUUCGUUAAUUGUUUCGCCCUCGUGGUCUAUAGUUUUAAUUUGCUUCGGACAAAUCUAGCUUUUGCUAAAUAAAACUGUAAUGUACUGAGCACACCCACACAAUAAUUGUACUGAGCUCAGCUUCCAUGAAUAAGCUUUCGAUAUUCAGCAUUGAGUUUCAUA